AAUAGUGUCAUACGCCUUUUGUGCGAUUUACCUGCUAGAGGCAUUUUUUGCCCUUCUGGGUAAUAUUUCAACCGUCUUUGUUUUCUGGAAACAUCGGCGCGAGUUAAAACGAACCUCUUAUCUUCUGGUGAACUUAGCUUUCGCUGAUCUUUUAAUGGCAAUCAGUAUUUUGCAUGUGGUUGGUAAUGGAAUACGAUAUCUGGCUACACACGAGGUAUCUGAAUUCUUCAAGUUCAAAAUUUGCAAUGCAUUUGAUUCUUUCUGUGCAUUUGUUGCAUUAAUCAGCUUACUAGGGAUGACAUUAGAGCGUCUUUAUGCAAUUCGCUGGCCUUUCCGCCAUCUAAAACUGAAGACCAGAAGUUACAUCAACGGCGUUGCAUCUGUGUGGAUACUGGCAGGAGUAAUGUUCAUUUUUGACUUUCUGUCAGUUUUUUUCCACGCUGACAAGAUUUAUCUUUCCAUGGCUUCUUCCAUAAUUGUGUCAUUGGAAGCUGUCUCAGCCCUAGUGAUCACCUGUGCUUCAUACGUACUCCUUCGCCAACGAACUCGUCAGAAUAUUCCCGGAAUUCGAGCGCAACAAAGCAAGAAAUUAACUAACACGUUGUUAAUUGUAACUGUUGUUUCUGUCUUCUGCUGGCUACCUGUAAUAAUAUAUAGCACUGUACUUAACAUGCUUUCAAUUACUGAUGUAUUCAGUGACUUCUCAUACCUUGCUUUACUCACUGUAAAGGCUUUGCAAUACGCGAACUCCGUGGUAAAUCCUAUACUUUAUGUCUUUCGGUUACCUAUGUUCAAAUUAGAGCUUCACAAACGCUGUUCGAAGUUUUUUCCACCAAAGGAAUUUGACGACAACAUGGUUCCCAAUCAAGAGAGUGUCGGAGAUUCCAUACAACGAACAAUUAAUCAAGGGAAUGUCAGAGUUCCUGCUCAACGAACAAAUAGGGACAUCAUUAUUUCACGUUACUUUGAUACUAAGCUAUGACUUCUUGCUUUCUAGA